UAUCACUAGACAAUUAAAAGGUAAUUUCUUUUUGUAUCAAUUGCUCCACAAAAAUGAUUAAAAAACGGAAAAUAGAGAAGCAUCCACUAGAAUCUAGUACAAUAGUGGGGAUUGUUGAAGCAAGGAAGCCAACUACACGUCAGACAUUGAUUGUAACAAUUAUAUUGUGCAGUUUAACUGUUAUUCUACUUACGGUUGGAAUAAGCUUAAAGUUGGCCUAUGGACCAUCAUUAUAUUAUCAUGAUGAACAUUUCUGGCUUGCAGUAACUGGACUAAUUCUAUUGGCGAUAUCCUUUCCAAUCGGUAUCACCUCAGCUUGCCUUCUCGCUACAUUAUUUCGUAUUAAAGAGUAUGUUGAGUAUACGGAAUUACGUAAACGUAUGUUAGAAAGUCAGGUUUCUGCAAUGCCUAAUGAAAAGAUUCGUAGCUAAUAUGUAAUCAGUUCCUGACGAAGAGUUUUGGAUAGCUGGAUUCAGGGGACAAAAGUCAAUUCUGUAUCUAUCUACCAUGUACUUGUUGAAGAUAUCUACAUAUUUGUAUAGACAUAUUUUAAAAACCUAUUUCUGAUUGCUCUGUUUUUGAUACCUCCACGUCACCCACCCCCACUCCGCGCCCCAAGUGUGAUGACAACUGUGAGAUUGUUUCACAUAUGCUGAUUGACUGUGUAUUUCAGCUUUCAUUAGCUUAGCUCUGAGCUGUAGUCAUACAAAAAUCAAGCAAGCAAGCAAACAAACAAACGAUUUUUGUACAAAAUUAUUCUUUUUUUUAUUAUAAAAAUUUUCAAAUUG